AUGGAUCAAUUAAAUGCCAAGGAACAACAAGAAUUCCAAAAACUAGUUGAACAAAAGCAAAUGAAAGAUUUCAUGCGUCUUUAUUCCAAUCUAGUAGAACGUUGUUUUAGUGAUUGUGUUAAUGAUUUCACAUCCAAUAAGCUGACUUCCAAGGAAACCUCCUGUAUAUUGAAAUGUUCUGAGAAAUUCUUGAAGCAUUCAGAAAGAGUAGGUCAAAGAUUCCAGGAACAAAAUGCUGCUUUAGGUCAACAAACUUUUGGUAAAUAA